GUUUGUGGAACUGUCGUGCGGGUUCAUUGUUGCUCAUUCAGUGUUGGGACGGACACGGAAGCGGAAGUGGGGUUCAGAGCACAUUUGUCCUAGUGCACGGGUGCGGUCUAACAGUAAAAAUGGUUUUAAAAGAAAUCCCAACAGAAUCUUUGACUCGCCCUCUGUCACGCAAUGAAAUAGUUGGUUUAAUUUUUCGACUGACAAUAUUUGGUGCAGUAACCUAUUACACUAUCAAAUGGAUGGUAGAUGCCAUUGAUCCAACAAGAAAACAAAAACUGGAAGCACAGAAGCAGGCAGAAAGACUAAUGAAACAGAUUGGCGUAAAAAAUGUCAAGCUUUCUGAAUACGAGAUGAACAUUGCAGCCCAUCUAGUGGACCCCCUGAGCAUGCAAGUUACUUGGGGUGACGUUGCUGGCUUGGAUGAAGUCAUUUCGGAGCUCAAGGACACAGUGUUAUUGCCCAUUCAAAAACGACACCUAUUUGAAGGUUCAAGACUAUUGCAGCCUCCAAAAGGUGUACUCCUGUUUGGACCUCCAGGCUGUGGAAAAACUCUUAUUGCCAAGGCUACUGCUAAAGAAGCAGGUUGUCGGUUCAUUAAUCUACAGCCUUCCACCUUGACAGAUAAAUGGUAUGGGGAAUCCCAAAAACUGGCUGCAGCUGUUUUCUCAUUGGCUGUCAAACUGCAACCUGCCAUUGUCUUUAUUGAUGAAAUUGAUUCCUUCCUACGAAAUCGGUCCAGCUCUGAUCACGAAGCAACAGCAAUGAUGAAAGCUCAGUUUAUGAGCCUCUGGGAUGGCCUCGAUACAGACUUCAGCUGUCAAGUAAUUGUGAUGGGUGCCACUAACAGACCACAAGAUCUUGACUCUGCCAUUUUGCGAAGGAUGCCAACAAGGUUUCACAUAGGGCAGCCUAAUACUGAUCAACGGAAAUCAAUCCUAAAUUUAAUUCUACGAAAUGAAGAGGUGGAUCGAUACUUGGACUUGAAUGAAAUUGCCAGGGAAACUGAAGGCUUUUCAGGGAGUGACCUGAAAGAACUCUGUAGAGAUGCUGCCAUGUUUUGUGUCCGGGAUUAUGUACAUGGCUCCAAUGAGGAGGAAAGUAAUGGGGACAGGCUUCGACCCAUCAAACAGCAGGACCUCAAAAGAGCAAUAGUGAAGAUGCGAAAGUCUAAAGGAGUCAGUGAUUUGAGCGAAUUUCAAGACAACCUCAAUGUAGAUUGAGGAUAUGCUUGCCUGCCUAGUUACCAAGAAGGACAAAUUCAGCUGAAUUUUUACUGAAUGACUUGGCUGGAUAAUGGCUAAUUCCUCUGCUAAAAUUGGGGAAGAUAAGAGGUGGAAGCGAGGGUGCAGGGAAGGGUUUUUCUAAUUGUAUUUCUGUGAAUUUAGUAUCACCCAUCAAGCAUAGUUCUUUUGGGUCCAUAUUCACAGAAAAAAUUUGUACUGAACUAUUUGUGUAAUUUGACUGGGGCUUGUGCAGAUACAUAUACUAGAACUUUCUGUAUAUUGGUUCAAAAUUGUGAAUGCAUUAGUAUCAUUGUUUAAGAUUUAAUAUUGGAAGAAAACUACUUGAAUAAUAUGAAUAUUUGGGCAAAAACUCAAAUGGCUUUUUAAGACACAACGAAAGUACUAUACUGACUGACUGCACUGCAAUCUGCGUCAUUUAAUAAUGAAUCCAAGAGCACUGAAGAGCUCUUAAAAACUGAAUAAGUAAUAUGAAGGAACUAAUCAAAGUAGUUUCUGACAUUUUGGUUGAGCCAUAGCCAUGUUUUUUUAAUUUAAUUAUAAACUAGGAUGGUUAUGCUUUUUAAUGUUUUUUUUUAUUUUAUGGGUUUGGUGUAAAUAAAUGUGUAUUUCCUGUCAAAUUUUGUAUGCUUUCUGCUCAUUAUCAUCUGCUUUGAUGGAAUGGAGUUGCCUACAAAAUAAUAAGGUACCUAACUAGCUAUGACGAUUAUAAUUUUUCUUUUAAAACUUUGUAUAUAACAUUUUGUGCCCUUGAAUGAUAGAACUGAAAUGCUUCUACAACAGCUCAAGUAGAUAUAAUAUCUUUAUAUGUAUUUAUGAAGAAAGGUUCAAAAUUGCAAUUUUUUUCCACUGCAACAGAAGUAAGGAAGGAAUAUCUGACAGAUCUUUUCAAAACAAAAUAAAGGAUCAAGCUUUCCAUUUGUCUGAUUGAUAACAAAGGCAGGACAAUUACAAUUAACAGAAUAGGGAUGUUUGUCAGAACCUUUUUUAAUAUAAGGGUCUUUAGAACAGAGAUUACAUUGCCAUAAAUGACCACAGGGACAAAUAAGGUUAUGACAUUAAUAAAUGUUUGAGAAAAAUAUAAUUGCACAUAGGGGAAGAGCUGGCAAACGUAUUUACUCUAGUGUCUGUUGAAGAGAUUGGCCCAGAUCUUUCUUUCAAUUGCUUUUAGUCCACUGUCAGUCAGGGCUAAAUUGGAUAGAAUGUGUUUAAUUCAAAUUUUAUUUGGCAGGAUAUUUCUACCACAAUUUUUUUUUUAAAAGACAAAGGUUGCUGUGCUAUUAUUUGAGAUUUGUCUGCAGUAAUAGUUAAUUGUUGCAUAGAUUCACAAAUUCUCACCUCAAGUUCAAUUCCAAUGACCUCAAUAUUUUCAAAUUUCAAUCUUAAUGGGUAGACAUAAUGUUAUAUUUCUUGGUUUAAAAUGAAGUUUUUUUUUCUAUUCUGUAAUUUAUUAUCAUUAUUACAUUGCUAGUCAUUUCAAAUUUGGCCUAUUGUAGCUUUCUGUCAAGUCUCUAGAAGGAAUAAUUGAGUUUGUAUCUAUACAGAUUAAAAAUAUAUAGAAUAGAUGUAGCUGGGAAUGAAUUUCAGUUAGUGUUGAGAUGCACCUCAAACAAUGUUUGAUGUAAAAGUAGAAAUUUCUGUCUUUGUGGUUUUAAUGGAUAGGAUAAAUCCUAAUUAAAAGAGGCAACAGCCAACUGUAUAUCUUGUAGAUCUGUAUGAAAUACCUUUUGUGCUGUGCUGGUUACUCUGUGGAUGAACUAUGCAGGUGGCCAGCUAUAGAGACCUGGCCUACAUCAUCUUGUACAGUGUUGAUGUCCUGUAUAUAUAUUUCUGGAGGUGAUUCAUACCUCUGCAUAGCUGCUCAAAACACAACCCAUUUUCUUUUCCCUCAUACAACUAUCUGUAAGAUUUAUAUAAAUUAGUUUAGCAUUGCUUCCCUCAAAUAGCUUUUUAAAAAAUGUAUUCCACUGAUUGUCUAACAUACCUAAACUAUUAAUCUUUUUUCUUGCCAUAUUAAGGUAAAGACAAAACUUUGUUCCUUAGAGGAAAUAUUAUUAUAAUCCAGAGUCUUUCUAGAAUUGUUUUAAUUUUCUUCAUCUGUAAAAGGAACUCCAUUUCAAAAUAAGUUUAUCCAUUACAGGCUGUAUUUCGAAUAAUUUGCUAUAGUAAGCUAUUAAAACUAUGCUUGCUGACUUUAGGUUGUAAAUUAAGUAACCAAAAAUUGGAUUAUACUGUCUGAUAUCUUGCUGGUACUUUUGUUUCCAACAGUGUGCUCUCUGUAAGUACAUCUGGACUGUAAUCUUAAUCUGCACGCGGUGGUCUAGCAUUAUAGUACUAUUUGCUGUGUGGUGACAGGUGAAUAUGGUCAAUAUUCCACAUCAGUUUAUUACAAUCCCAGAUAAUUGUUGAGCCUGAGCUGCACUGAUUCAUACAAAGCAGAAAAUAAAGAUAUAGUUUGUAGUUUAUGGGAGGCUUGGACUGCUUAUUGAAACUGUUACUGGGCUAUGAGCACAAACAAAAAUGUGGAAAAAGUGCAAGGGUAAGAUAAUGUGGAGAAUACUACAAAUUGCAGUCAGUACAUAUUUGUAAAUAAUUCCUGCAAUCUAACAGUCUUUAGCAUUGCUAAACAGAAAAGUUAUUAAUUUUUUAGAAUGUUAACUGAUAGAAAAUUACUAAAUGGGAGCUUCUAUUUAAACCAUCAAAAGAGUUAAACUUUGACAAGCUAUUUGAGGAAGAGGAGGUUAUGUACUGAAAGGAAAGUUAUACAAUCAGAUAUUGUCAUGAGUUUUCUUUGGAAUUUGUCAAUAAACCUUUUAAUGCACUGCAGAAUGUGAAAAUAUACCAUAAUUUUGUGACCAUUUUGUGUGCUUGCACCUGUAAUAGACAUUGCUUUAAAAUAUUCCAACUACUAGCAGAUAUUCUGUGGCAUUUCUCACAGUGAAGGAGUGCACAAUAAGGAUGUUGUGUAACCUUGUGUCUUACACAGUAUAAUUUAUCUGCUGUUGUUCUUCCAGAAAAAUAAAACCAGUUGCCUUUCA